AACUCGCUCCUCUCAUUCAUCACACACUCACUCGCACCCUCACUCACACACCCUCACUUUCUCUUUUCUCCAUUGCAGCCAACACCAUGAGCAUCAUCUACGCACUCGUCGCAAGGAGAACCGUUAUCCUUGCCGAAUACACCAACUCGACAGGAAACUUCACCACAGUCACUGAGGCCAUUCUCGAAAAGAUCCCUCCCAACAACUCCAAACUCACAUAUGUCUACGACAGAUAUCUGUUUCAUUACAUCUGUGAGGAUGGACUGACAUACAUGUGCAUGGCAGACGACACAUUUGGACGUCGGAUCCCCUUCGCGUUCUUGCAGGAUAUCAAGACGCGGUUCUUGACACAGUAUGGGCGGGAAAGGGCCCUCAAUGCUCUUGUGCCCUAUGCUAUGAAUGAGUUCUCAAGGACAAUUGCCAAACAGAUGGAUUAUUUCUCGACAAAUCCGGAGGCUGAUAGGAUCAAACAGGUUCAAGGGGAGAUUGAGCAGGUCAAGGAUGUCAUGGUGCACAAUAUUGAGCGCGUACUGGAGCGCGGUGAGCGCAUUGAGCUUCUCGUAGACAAGACUGACAACCUGAACCAGCAGGCCUAUGCAUUCAAGAAGCGGAGUACUACACUCAAGAGAGCCAUGUGGUGGAAGAAUACAAAGCUGAUGAUCCUCCUGACCGGCGUAAUUAUCUUCCUCAUCUACCUCAUCAUCUGCGCUGCCUGUGGGUUCCCAUUCUGGUCGUCCUGUCGCGGAUAGAUCUGCCUAGUGAUACAUUCACAGUGCCAAUUGAUACCCGCUGAUCUCUUCUUGUUAUCUUGCCAUGCAUAUUCUUCCCUGCCCUGGAUUACGAUCACUGGUGUCGGCACAAGAUUGUUCAAGUCAUCGAUAAUAAA